GGCUGCGAGGGCGGAAGCGGGGCGCGGGGCCGCUGGGGCCGCCGAGGCCGCCGGGCCGUCUGUGGCGGCGGCCGGGAGACCGUGCGGAGGAGGGCCCGGCCGGAGCGAGAGGGUCUGGGGCGUGGCGAGCUGUGGCCCCCACGCCUCCCCUGGGAGGACCCAGAACACCCACCCCAACCCCGCGGCCUGGCCGAACAACCAGCCCCUCCUGGCAGGAUGGACGAGGAGAGCCUGCAGGCCGCCCUCCGGACUUAUGACGCGCAGUUGCGGCAGGUGGAACUGGCCCUGGGCGCCGGCCUGGAUCCCUCGGAGCUGGCGGACCUGCGCCAGCUGCAGGGGGACCUGAAGGAGCUGAUCGAGCUCACAGAGGCCAGCCUGGUGUCCGUCAGGAAGAGCAAGCUGCUGGCCACGCUGGACGGAGAGCACCCAGCCCCGGAAGAUGCGGAGUACGUGGCUUUCCAGAAGGCCAUCGCCGAGGUGGUGGAGGUGCCAGCAGCGCCCCGGGCCGAAUUGGAGACUGUUCCUAAGGACGAGGCAGGGCCAGACCCCUCGGAGCCUGGAGAGGAGGAAGAGGGGGAGGACGAGGAAGACGCGGCCGAGCUGAGUGGGAGGAAGGUGAACGCCCCCUACUACAGCCCGUGGGGCACCCUGGAGUAUCACAACGCCAUGAUCGUGGGCACAGAGCAGGCGGAGGACGGCGCCCCGGGCGUGAGAGUGCUCUAUCUGUAUCCCACUCACAAGUCCCUGAAGCCCUGCCCCUUCUUCCUGGAGGGGAAGUGCCGUUUCCAGGAGAACUGCAGGUUCUCCCACGGGCAGGUGGUCUCUGUGGACGAGCUGCGCCCUUUCCAGGACCCGGACCUGAGCUCCCUGCAGGCCGGCUCUGCGUGUCUGGCCAAGCAGCAGGAUGGCCUCUGGUACCCAGCACGGAUCACUGAUGUGGACAGUGGCUACUACACGGUCAAGUUUGACUCUCUGCUGUUGAAAGAGGCCGUGGUGGAAGGGGACAGCAUCCUACCCCCACUGCGCACGGAGCCCACGGGGUCCUCUGACUCAGACAACAGCGACGCGGACGACCCCAGCUAUGCGCGAGUGGUAGAGCCCAGUGCUGCCAGCCCCGGGACCUGCAGCCCCGCCUUCGCCGGCUGGGAAGUGCACACUCGGGGCAUCGGCUCCAAACUCCUCGCCAAGAUGGGCUACGAGCUCGGCAAGGGUCUGGGCCGGCAGGCGGAGGGCCGGGUGGAACCCAUCCACGCCGUGGUGCUGCCGCGAGGGAAGUCGCUGGACCAGUGUGCAGAGAUCCUGCAGAAGCGGAGCCACGGCGGCCAGGCUGGCGCCAGCAGACCCCCGAAGCGCCGGGGCAGAGGGAGUGGGCCUGGGGGCCGCCCACCCCCCCGGAGCGUGUUCGACUUCCUGAAUGAGAAGCUGCAAGGCAGGGCUCCGGGGGCGCUGGAGGCCGGGGCAGCCCCCCCGGGGAGGAGGCGCGGCAAGGAGGUGUACCACGCCAGCAAGAGUGCCAGGCGGGCCCUGAGCCUGCGGCUCCUCCAGACCGAGGAGAGGAUCGAGCAGACCCAGCGCGCCAUCCGCGGCAUCCAGGAGGCCCUGGCCCGAAACACCGGCCGGCACAACGUGACGGCGGCCCAGCUGCAGGAGAAGUUGGCAGGGGCCCAGCGGCAGCUGGGGCAGCUCCGGGCCCAGGAGGCCGGCCUGCAGCGGGAGCAGAGCCAGGCAGACACCCACAAGAAAAUGACCGAGUUCUAGAGCCCUGCGCGCCUCCACGGCUCCCACUGUCCCGGGAGAGAGGCUGUCCUGCGGCAGCUGGGACUCCGCAAGAAGAGGAGCCCGCUCGCCCCCAGGCCAGACCCCUGGCGGCCUUCUUGCCAGCCGAGGGCAGGUUGUGGACACUGCCGAGUGGAGCCGGGGCUGCCUGUUGAGCCCACCUGUGUGUCUUGGGGAGUCCCCUUAGCAGGGACAUUAAAGUGACUUUGUCGGAGUGUCUUU